UGGCGGCGACAAUACCCUUGAGCAGGCUGUCGAGACCCAAGCCGCUGAGGAGCCUGCCGACGAGGUUGAGGACACCAGUGAGCAGGAGAGCAACACCGCCGACGAUUUGAGAUGGAUUAAGAGACUUACGACCCAAUGCGUCCAAAAGAAGAUCGACAAGCAAAUCGCUGAGCGCCUCUCUAUCAUGAUCGAGGAUGCUAAUGAGCGCGUCGUCCCCCUCGUUAGGAUGAUCCGCAAGCAUAUCGAAACUAUGGAGGCAAAGAAGGAGGAAGACCGCGAUGAGGGUGAGCUCGUCAAGCAGGUCAAGCCUCUCCUCGAGCAAGCCGAGAAGAUCCUCCAAGAGACCUAUGGCAGGAUUAAAGGUGCCGACCCCGAUAACCGUCUUGCCAACAAGGCGAAGCGGAACACUGCCGACCAUAGGGCCACUCCAGAAGAGCAACGACUAGCAGAAGCAUUAAAAGUGUUGGUGGAGGAA